AUGUCCAUCAACCUUGGAAACAACAACUUCUAUGGCAAGAUUCCGCAACAAGUUGAUCGUUUGUUCCGUCUGCGACAUCUCAAUCUAAGUGUUAACAGGUUGCAGGGGAGUAUUCCAGUCAACCUGACCUCCUGCCUGGAACUGAGUCACAUAAACUUAACCUCAAACCGUCUUACAGGCACAAUUCCGCCAGACCUUGGCUCAUUGUUGAAGCUUGUUUAUCUACAUCUUGAUAAAAACAAAUUGACAGGAGCCAUCCCACCUUCCUUGGGAAAUCUUUCAUCAAUCGGUUUUCUUUGCCUAGCAUAUAACAAUUUGGUGGGCAACAUUCCAGAGGAGAUGGGCAGAUUGGGAAGCUUAUAUCAUUUAAACGUUGGCUCCAAUAAUCUUUCUGGUAUGAUACCUCCUUCCAUUUUUAACAUAUCAUCUAUGAAAUCCUUUUCACUUGUAAAUAAUAAGUUCAAGGGCAGCAUUCCACCCGCCAUAGGCUUCAACAUGCCUAAUCUCCAAGAAUUGUACUUUGGCGCAAAUGAACUCUCCGGGCAAAUCCCACCUUCACUUUCCAAUGCCUCUCAGAUUUAUGCACUUGAUGUUGGGGACAAUAAUUUGGUUGGGCAAGUUCCCAACAGUUUUGGAGACCUCUCAGCUCUCUGGUCGCUCGAUGUUAGCAACAAUUUUCUGGGAAGUAUUUCUGCGAAGGACUUGGAUUUUGUAACAUCGUUGGCCAAUUGCAGCAACCUGGAAAUUCUUGAUAUGACUUCCAACGAUUUUGGAGGUGUUUUAUCCAACUCUGUGGCCAACUUGUCAACUCAAAUGACCCAAUUCUUUUUUGGAGGAAAUUUUAUAUCAGGAAUGAUUCCUGAAACAUUAGAAAAUCUCAACAAUUUAAUAGCCUUAAGCCUGGCUGAUAACCUGUUCAGUGGCACCAUUCCGACCUCUAUUUCCAAGUUACAAAAGCUGCAGGGCUUGCAUCUAGCCGGUAAUAGUCUAUCAGGACGAAUCCCAUCUUCCAUAGGAAACCUCACUCAAUUGUAUCGCCUCGACUUGUCGGAAAAUGACUUGGUAGGAAACAUUCCUAAGAGUAUUGGGAACUGCCAACAUAUGCAGGAGAUCAUUAUAUCACAGAAUAAGCUAACUGGAAAUAUACCACCAGAGGUGAUUGGUCUUUCAUCCCUUCUCUUUCUCCGCUUAUCAGGAAACUCACUCACUGGCAGCUUGCCUAUGGAAGUAGGUAAGCUAAAGAAUAUAUAUUCCCUUGGCAUCUCGGAAAAUAAUUUGACAGGAAAAAUUCCGGAAGUCAUUGGAGACUGUAUGAGCCUUGAACACCUUUACCUACAAGGAAAUCUCUUUCAAGGUAUGAUACCUUCUUCUUUGGCUUCUUUGAAAGGUCUUCAAAACUUGGAUCUUUCACUAAACAACUUGUCAGGUCAAAUUCCAAAAGUUAUACAAAGACUUACCUUCUUGCUAUGUUUGAACCUGUCUUUCAAUAAUCUGGAAGGUGAGGUACCAAAAGAAGGCAUCUUUCGAAAUAGAAGCGCAAUAUUCUUGGUUGGCAAUACCAAACUUUGUGGCACUGAAUUUUGGCUACCAGCAUGCGCCAUCAAGAAGAAGAGAAAAUUCAAACUACAGUUCAUAAUUUUGAUGGUGGUUGGAUGGUCUCUUCUGUUUGCAGCAUUUCUAAAUCUUUAUUGGAGGAGAAAAAUAAGAAAGAAUUCAUUAGCUGGAGACUCAUCAAUUAAAUUCCACUCAAAGGUUUCAUACGAAACCCUUCAUAAAGCUACUGGCGGAUUCUCUCUGAGCACUCUAAUUGGAUCAGGCGGUUUUGGCUCUGUAUACAAAGGGAUUUUUGAUCAAGAAGAAAAGAAUGUAGUUGCCAUAAAGGUCAUUAACCUUCAACAGAGAGGAGCUUCCAAGAGUUUCACAGCAGAAUGCAAUGCACUAAAAAAUGUCCGGCACCGGAAUCUUGUCAAAAUCUUUACUUGCUGCUCCAGCAUAGAUUACAACGGUAAUGAAUUCAGAGCUCUAGUUUUUGAAUAUAUGUCAAACGGAAGUUUAGAGGAGUGGCUGCACAGAGAAAACCAAUCAAUGAGUUUGACUCUUCUUCAAAGAAUGAAUAUUGUUGUUGACGUCGCUUCUGCAUUAUGUUACCUUCAUGACCAUUGUGAGCCUCCAAUCAUUCACUGCGACAUAAAGCCAAGCAAUGUUCUUCUUGAUGAUGACAUAGUUGCUCGUGUAGCUGAUUUUGGGAUAGCCAGGCUCAUCUCAACCACCACAGAAUCCUCACAAACUCAAAGUAGCACAAUUGGAAUAAAGGGAACGAUCGGCUAUGCAGCUCCAGAGUACGCAAGUGGUGCUGAGGCAUCAAAACAAGGAGAUGUAUAUAGUUUUGGGAUCCUUGUAUUAGAAAUGUUUACAGGAAGAAAACCCACCGACGAAAUUUUCAAAGAUGGUUUGAAACUCCAUGACUUUGUUAAGAUGGCAAUACCAGGAAGGCUUGUGCAGAUUGUGGCCCCUGCUCUUCUCUCGGCCCUUGAAGAGGCAGCUCCUGCGACAACUAGAAAUGAAGUAAACUAUAUGCUUAGAGGUCAUAACAAUAAAACUGAACCGGAUGAGGAAAAUAUCAACUAUGAGAACCUAAGCAAAAUGAACACACAAGUGUGGAAGUGUAUACAUUCAAUCCUUCAGAUUGGACUUGCGUGCUCGAAGGAAUCACUGAAGGAUAGAAUGUCUAUGAAGGAUGUCGUCUGGGAUCUACACCGUAUAAAAAUUGCUUACAAUGGUGCAGUGAUCCAUCCACAAAGACCAAGAAGCUAA